UAUCUGAUGGAUUCAGCAAGGGCUGGGAGAUCAUUGUGUGAAUGAAAUGGAAAGAGAGUUAACAAGAUGUGACCAGUCCCUGGACAAAACAAUAGAGGGAAACCUUCACUUUGUCUAGUAUCUGGGAGUCGUCCUCAUGUGCAGAUAACAAUGUGGAUCGCUGUGGGCUUGGUCUGCUGCUUAGUUUUUGGAGGACUGCCUUCAGCUCAUUGCACUUGUCCUUCCCAAUGUAGCUGCACCUUCCAUAGUCUCAAUGAAGGAACAAAAGCAAGAACUGUGCUGUGCAAUGACCCAGAGAUGACACUCACCCCUGUGAACAUCCCAGGAGAUACAUAUAAACUUCGAAUAGAGAAGACAGCCAUCAGGAGAGUUCCAGGAGAAGCUUUCUAUUCUCUCCGUAACCUGGAAUACCUCUGGAUGCCCUACAACUCUUUGGCUAGCCUCAGUGUGAUUACCUUUAGAGGUCUCCGCCGCGUACAGGAAUUGAGACUGGAUGGGAAUGACUUAGUUUUGUUUCCAUGGGAAGUUCUUGCAGACAUGCCCCAGUUAAGGCUACUGGAUUUACACAAUAAUGAACUCACCUCGGUACCAGCAGAAGCUGCUCGUUACAUCAAGAACAUCACCUACCUGGAUCUUUCCAGCAAUAAACUGAUGACUCUUCCCCAAGAUCUUAUUUCAGCCUGGGCCAACCUCCAGGCAGUUCCUUACUUCCCCAAUGACAAUGCCAAGAUCAUUUUAGGUUUGCAGGACAACCCGUGGGUGUGUGACUGCAGUCUGUACGAAAUGGUCCAUUUCCUAAACUUCCAGUCUCCUAACAUAGCCUUUAUAGAGCCAAGACUGAAAUGUUUUGCCCCACGGAGUCUUGCUGGAGUCUUCUUCAGUCAAGUUGAACUACGAAAAUGUCAAAGCCCGGUUGUGCAUACUUCUGUAGCCAAAGUAAAGACCAUCCUGGGCAGCACUGUGUUACUCCGGUGUGGCACUACAGGGGUACCCAUUCCUGAACUCAGUUGGAGACGGGCUGAUGGCAAUCAACUCAAUGGCACAGUGCACCAGGAAAUUUCGAGUGAUGGAAUGAGCUGGUCCAUUCUAGGCUUGCCUGUAGUCUCCUAUCUGGAUUCUGGAGAGUACAUCUGUAAAGCAAAGAACUUCCUAGGGGCUACAGAGGCUUUCAUAUCUCUCAUCAUCACAGACUCAGAAGGUACUGAUGACCCUAAUGCUAACUCUAAAGGAGUAUGGAAUGGGAAGGUGAGCGGGAUGGAAGCAGCUGCUUACAAUGACAGACUGGUGGCUAGGUACGUUAUCACAACCUCAACUUCACCUACCCUAGGUGCCAGACCCGUUCGUGUUAACACAGAAGAGACUGUAGGGUUCCAGAACGAGGCACAGAAUAUGGUUAAGGAGCAGAAUAACAAUCCAGGAAAUCUUCUAUCAAAUCUACCCACUGGUCAACAGGAGCCAGAGCGUAUAGUAAGGUCUGUCAGAGUGAUAGGAGACACGGAUCAAAGUGUCUCAUUAGCCUGGAAAGCUCCGCAGGCAAAGAACACAACCAUAUUCAGCGUCCUUUAUGCCAUUUUUGGAGAGAGGGACAUGCGCAGAAUCAGUGUGGAGCCAGGUAAGAUGAAGAUCACCAUUGAUGGGUUGAUGCCAAAGACCAAGUACAUAGUGUGUGUCUGUGUAAAAGGGCUGAUCCCCAGAAAGGAACAAUGCAUCAUAUUUUCCACAGAUGAAGUUGCCAGUGCAGGUGGAACUCAAAAACUCAUUAACGUGGUGGUGAUCAGUGUGGCCUGUGUCAUUGCUGUUCCUCUGACUCUAGUGGUCUGCUGUGGGGCAUUGAAAAGGCGUUGCAAAAAAUGCUUUGUCCGGAAGCCCAAAGAAGUUCAGGAGUCCUAUGUCACAUUUGAAAGUCUAUCUCCAGGGGCCAAAACUAAAGGAGUGGAAGGAGAAUACUUGACUAGGCACACCCCAGAUGAGUCGAACAGGCUGCUGUCUGCACGAUCUAGCGUGGACUCAGAAGCAAUACCAAAGACAGAGGGGCAACCCAAUGAGUACUUCUGCUGAUAGUACUAGGCAUGUUAGAUACACAUGCACACACAAAUGCAUAUGACUCUGUAUUCUGCAGGUCAUACCAGCAUACGCUAUUGCAGGUCAAUAUGUCAGUAGUAAUGUACCCCAACAUGUUCCAGAAAGCAAUGUGAGAAGACUGAUUAUACUCAGCAGAUUUUGCACUGUUUUGUUUGCUGAGAUGCAUCUAGUCACAUAGCCGCAAAAGAUUUCUGAUUGUCCACUAAACCCCCUGGGAUAUUAUUCCUUCGACACAAUGAAGUCUUCUAAUUGAAUAUAAGACUAUUAAGUGAUGAUGUUGACUACAUUCUUGUAUAAUUCUGUUUUAAUAUCUGGCUGGGUAUACACUAAAUAUAUUAAUAUCAACUAUGUUGAAUCCUUGUAGAAUGACAAACACUGAAGUUGUUUCUAAUGAUAAUAGAAAUUGAACUGCGAAAGUGAAGAUUCAUAGAUUCAUUUGGUAUUCCCCACGCAAUUAAAAGGGUGUGUGAAAAUACCCAGCUUGAUGCUUAAUAGACUAUAAAAUGCAAAUACUAUAACUGUAAAAUGUGACCAAGCAUAAUGUAUUAUUACAUCAAUAUCCUGAUUUGAGGAAAAACAGUGAAGAGUAGCAAUCAAGAUGAAAACAAUUCAUACUUAAGGA